AUGGUAAAGCUAAAUAAUGGGGGAUAUGAAGAUAUAGUUAUUGCUAUUCAUCCGAAUGUCACGGAAGAUCUGCAGAUCAUUAAGAAUAUUAAGGAUAUGGUGGAAGAAGCUACAGGUGUUUUAUUUAAUGCCACAGAAAAAAAGUUCUACAUACGAAGUGUGAAGAUCUUGAUUCCCAAGUCUUGGUCAAAUAAGAACUAUACGAGACCCAAAACAGAAACCUAUGAUGCGGCAGAUAUUAUCAUCGCUAAGCCUACCGUGCAGCAUGCAGAUGACCCUUAUACCCAACAGUAUGGAAAGUGUGGAGAACCAGGCAAAUUAAUUCACCUUACACCAGAUUUCAUGACUGAUGAUGGGCUUAUCUCAGUGUAUGGCCCUCGAGGUAAAGUAUUUGUCCAUGAAUGGGCUCAUCUCCGUUGGGGUGUUUUUGAUGAGUACAACUUAGAUACACCUUACUAUGCUGCAACAAAUGGUGAAGUGGAAGCUACGAGAUGCUCUGUUGAUAUAUCAGGUGAGAACAAAAUUCAGAAAUGUCAAAGUACAACCUGUACGGUUAAUCCAUGUGAUCGUGACCUCCAAACUGGACUCUUUGAAAAAGGAUGUCUUUUUGUGCCUAACCAGGAUCAGUUAGUCCGAGAAUCGUUAAUGUACAUGCAGGCUCUUCCUGAUAUCACUAAGUUCUGUAAUGGAAGUAACCACAACACCGAAGCUCCAAAUAUGCAAAAUAAAAUGUGCAAUUACCGUAGCACAUGGGAUGUGAUCAUGAGCUCCAAUGAUACGAAGUCCACAAAUACAAAUCCUGGCCUCAGUAUUCCUGUCCCCACAAUCACACUUUUGCAUUAUUCAGAGAGAGUGGUGACAUUAGUGCUGGACGUCUCUGGAAGCAUGGGUGCCAGCAAUCGAAUUGGACGUUUGAACCAGGCUGCAGAAGUAUUACUUAUCCAGGUUUUUGAGAUUGAUUCUUACGUUGGAGUGGUGACAUUUUCAAGCGCUCCCACUGUAAAAUCAGAGCUAGUCCAAAUUAAAAGUGAUGCAGAUCGUGAGCGGCUAAGAAAACUUCUGCCAACAGUAGCAAACGGAGGAACAAAUAUAUGUUCUGGACUUCAGAGCGGCAUUCAGGUAAAUAAAAAGCAGUAUGGCUCAUCUGAUGGAACUGAAGUCAUAUUACUAUCAGAUGGAGAAGACAAUUUUGAUACCAACCUUUGCGUCCCACAAAUUUUAGCGAGCGGUGCCAUAAUUCAUGUCAUAUUCUUCGGAGCUGCUGAAGAACCAAGACUAAAAGAGAUUGCAAAAGCUACAGGUGGAAAAACCUAUGUUGCCACAGAUAGUGUGAAUACAACUGGGUUAAUUGAUGCCUUCAGUUCAAUGACAGCGAAUAAUGGAGAUUUAACUACACGUUCUAUACAGCUGGAAAGCACUGCCUCAAGUCUUCCAUCUGCUCAAUGUCUGAAUGGCACCAUUUUCAUUGACAGCACGGUGGGCAAUGAGACUUUCUUUCUAGUAACUUGGCAAACUGCGGUACCAAAUAUUAACUUACGAGACCCAAAAGGGAUUAUUUAUACAGCGGCACAGUUUGUCAAUGACACCACUUCUAAAUCAUCAAGGCUUGCCAUCCCAAGAACAGCAGAGAGAGGACCCUGGAUUUACAGUCUUUGCAAUUCACGUAACGCAGUUGAGGUUUUAGGUUUAGUUGUGAAUUCUAAGGCUUCAGAUGCAAAUGUUCCCCCAAUCAUUGUAAAUGCUCAUAUGAACCAAGACACAAACCAGUAUCCCAACCCUAUGGUUGUCUACGCCUUAGUAAGUCAAGGACUGAUGCCUGUCACUGGAGCAAAGGUUACUGCAAUUAUUGAACCUGUCAUUGGAGCAAUAGUGACCCUAGAACUUUUGGACAAUGGAGCAGGUCCUGAUAUUAUGAAGAAUGAUGGAAUAUAUUCAAAAUACUUCACACAAUUCUCAGCAAAUGGAAGAUAUGGUUUAAAAGUGCGAGUUGAAAACAAUGCUAAGGGCAAAAGUCGAUUGGUCCUCCCCAAGAACCGCGCUCUCUAUGUUCCAGGAUAUAUAAUAAAUGGCACUGUUGUCAUGAACCCUCCACGCCCUGAAAUUACAGAUGAAGACCUUAAUGUUGGAGAAUUCAGCAGAACAGCUUCAGGAGGAUCUUUCUUGGUAUCUAAUGUGCCCCCAGGUGGUCCUCCUCCUCAGCAAGAUAUCUAUUACCCUGAUAGAAUAAGUGAUUUAGAGGCAAAAGUUGAUAAUGAUACGAUUAUGUUAUCUUGGACUGCCACUGGUGAUGAUCUGGACCAGGGGAAUGCUUCAAGUUAUGACCUAAGAAUGAGCACCAACCCCAGUGACCUCAGAACCAAUUUUACUGGAUCAGCACCUGUCAACAUUGCCACCCUUACUCCCUUACCCGCUGGAUCCAGAGAAACAUUCUCAUUUGUGCCCGAAAAUGUUGUUAUAAAAAAUGGCACUGUCCUUUUCUUUGCUUUAGUUGCUGUUGAUAAAGUCACUCAACGAUCAGAUGUAUCAAACAUAGCCCAGGCCGCUCUCCUCAUCCCCCCAACACCAGAUCCUACAACUGAAUCCACGACAGCCAACCUGACCACAACUGAAUCCACUACAACCAAACUGACCACAACUGAAAAAUCUGCUAAUGACAGCUCUGAUGGACUGAACAUAACACAUAUUGCACUGAUAGUGUGUGCAGCUGUUAUUGCCAUUGUAUCAUUAUAA